UUGUUUUAAAAGAAGUGAAGGUCGCCUGAUGAAGGGAAGCAACAGAAAUGAGUUCAGGAGUAUGUCCCUUCACACUCACCAAGAAUCUCCUAUACCACACCCUCCUGACCGGAGUGCUCCUUUUGGUGGCAAUAACCCAGGGCAUCUUACUUGAUGUCUACAUCAUCAGCAGUGACCACACAGCCAUUGUCAACUACUUCUGGCUCAUCCCAGACUUCCUGAUGGUGUUUGGGUUCGUGGCCGCCAUGUCUUCAGGCUACAGAAACUGCAAGCUGGAGCAACACCCGCCCAACAUCAACGUGGAAGGCAAACGGAAGGGGGAGAGCACCAGGUGGCGUAAAGUGGAAGGCGUUCUGGGCAAGCACGCCAUGCCCUUUUACGUCUGGAUGGUCUACUCUGUGCUGCUGGUGGCCAAGGUGGUCAUUAUCUUCAAGUCGGAGAUCCCCAACAAGAUCAGUACUACGGAUGCUCUGAGCCCUCAGCUGCUAAAGAUUGUUCUGUCGUUAUCGUGCAUUGUGUUUGCGCUUCUUGUUGAAGGCCAGGCGACCAUUGGAGCCACUACCGAAAGGGAGACCUAUAUCAGGUCUCUUGCCCAAGGGACUUCCAUGGAGGUAUUAGACUCGGUUACAUUCAUAUCACUAUUAAUACAGUCAGAGUCAGGAUUUCUCUUCCCUGACUAUAUGGAAAACAUCAUCAUUGCAUUUUCAUGUAUCAACUUCUUCCUACCUGGCAUAGCUUUGGUAAAACUGAGUCGUAGUAAUUAUGGCAGCAGUGCCAUUUGCCUAGUAUCCUCUGUGGUAUACAAAACGUGUCACCUGUGGCUGAUCAACUUCUCAUAUUUUGUCAUUCGAGUCCACCUCUGGGCGGGUUUAUCGAUAUCAGUGUCACCCUUCAUCAUAAAAAACCUGUGCAACAUGUUCAUCACCAUGAAGUCUGUCUGGGGGGACUUGAAGCAGUUGAAAGUUGUCGUGCACAACUACAUGAAUCGCAAAAGGCGAGUGCAUGGCAACACGGGGAUCACACCAGUUGUUGACCUGAAUGCUGGUAAUGGCAGUUCAGAGUGGAUGCAAGCGGGAAACGACAGGUUUGAGGAAAUUGACCUGAAGAGUGACUUACCACGAGGUAAUACUGACGCGGUUGAUAAAUAACUGUAUAACUCAUUAUCUUUUUUUUUUCAUCUUUAAUUUUUUUCUCCAAACCACAAAGGCUGUGAUGAUAGAUAGAAUCUGAAUCUGAUAAAUGUAUUGAAAGUUAUGCAAACAUAUCAGAAGAUUUCUUUGGUAAGUAUUUUCUCAUGCAUGAUCAAAAUUAAUGGUUUUAAGGAAUUACCUGUUACUUACAGUGAUAUUUCAAAUUAUGAAAUAGGAACUGUAUGAGUACAAGACUCCAGCUUUAUUAUAGCAAAGGAUAAUUGAUGAUGAUAUUGACACUAUUGCUGAUGCUGAUACAACUGCUACUAUUAUUACUGUUGCUGCUACUACUACUUACUACAACUACUACUUACUGCUGUUACUACUUAUUACAACUGUUUGUCU